AUGACCGCCAAAGAAUUCCACCUCUUUCCUCUCCUUCCCGGAGAGGUUCGAAACCUGAUAUGGGACCACUCAGUUCGUCCGCAUGGAAUCCGUGGUGUCCAAUUCUUCUCCCUCUUCCGGUCUGAAAAGAUCCCCCAGGCCUUUAGCCGAAAUCUUAUGCCGAGGAUACAAGGAUCUCAAGGCGACAUCGUUGGCGCUCCAAAGGCAGAAAACGCAGGAUCCCCGCCUUCUUGGAAUCACAAUCGGUCCGCCUAUGCCAUCGACGGGGGCCUCUGGAUUGCUUCCAAGGAGUCCCGUGCCGCGAUGCAUCGGCGGUAUGAAUCUGAGAAAUGGAACGGAUUUUACCACCUUCAACACAACUUCUCGGCAAGUUAUGCGAGUUCCUACUUGUCAUCGUACCAAGAGGCGCAGCAGGUCACAAAGUGUGACGAUCUGCCAGUCACGUUUUUGGUGAACAGCGACGAGGGCCACCAAUAUUUCACCUUGCUGCCAGCACAAGACCUCUUCUACAUACAAGGAUAUCCUUCUUGGCCCGAACUGGGGCAUCUACGCGAAUUUAUGCCCUCUGCAUCACCGCGGCAUCGUUUGGGCGGUUUCCGUCAUGUAGCCAUGGAGUUCGACCCUUCGUGGACGCUCUACGAGCUCGGUGAAUACUGGUGGUCCUGGGAUCAACGUAGAUCCAGUGCUAACCGAACCCAAGAUCAUGCGACAAUUUACGACACACUGGCAUAUUACCUAAAACACGAGGCUAACAAACCGGAAUAUCAUAUUACGGCCUGGCUGGUAGAUCCCCGUCUCCGAAGCAGAAAGACGGAAACCCAAGCAGCCAAGCAAAGCUCGGCGAAGGAAGCAUCUGAGCGGAUUGUAUUCGAGGGAAUCGGCUGCAAGUACUAUGAGGUGUCGAGUGAGGAUGAGUUCUGUGAAUAUGACCAAGAGAUAGCAGAUCAACGGGGCUUUCUCUCGGUCUGGGAUUUUGCGGAUGAGUUACAGAGCAUAGUAGCUGGGCUGGAAGCUGACAGGUCAAACAUAAGGGAGGAGGACGUUGGACUGGGCCAGAUCAAGUUUUUAGUCUGUGAUAGAGAUGAAUAA